AUGAGAAAAAGUUUUUUAUCAAGAUUUAAUCAAAAAUUUAUUAUUAAUCAAAACAUAAUUAAAAUUAAAAAUGAUUCAAAUAAUAACAGUUAUUAUUAUCAUUAUUCAACAGUAUAUCAAUCAAAACAACAAUUGAAAAGCUACGGUGAAGUUAAUAAAAAAAGAGAAAUUCAAAUUAAUUUAGAAGAUGUCAUGCCAACAGAUGAUGAAUUGAAAUUGGCCUCUCAACAUAAAUCAAUAAAUUUACCAAUAACAGUUCAACAAGAAAUUAUUAAAACAGUAUUGAAAACUAUUAUUAUAGCUGAUCAAAAAUUACGCGAAGAAAAAAGAAAUCAAAUCUUGAAAUUGGCAGGAAAUAAUAUUAAAGAUAUCACAUCUUUGGCUAAUCUUAUAAUAUCAAAUAAUAAAUAUUUAGAUGCAGAAUAUAGUUAUGCAAGUUUAAUAUAUAAUGGUUAUGGAGGAUUACCUCAAAAUCCUUUUGACGCAAUGGAAAUUUAUAAAAAAUUAGCAAAAAUGGCACAUCCAGCUUCACAGUAUGCUUUAGCUACCAUAUAUGCUGAUCAGCUUAAUGAUUAUAAAACUGCUAUUGAAUUAUAUAAUUUGGCUGGCAACAAUGGUUUGGCUAAAGCUUGGACUAAUCUUGGCUUAUUGUAUCAAAAAGGGUUAGGUGUUGAAAAAGAUAAUAAUAAAGCAAUUGAAUAUUUUACAAAAGGUGCUGAUGCAGAUGAAAGAUCAUCACAUUUUAUGCUUGGAGUGUAUUAUAAUUUUCCAGACAAUACACAUAAAAAAACAAAUUAUGUAAAAGCAUUAAAACAUUAUGAAGUUGCAGCCUCUCUAGGAUUACCUGAAGCUCAAUAUAAUUUAGGUAAAUUAUUUUUAGAUGGUAAAAGAGGCAUCAUUAAAAAAAAUCAAAAUUUUGCAAUGGAAUAUUGGAAAAUGUCUGCAUUUAAUGGACACCAGGCAGCACAAGCAUAG